UCCCGCCGUGCCCCGCGCCCAUGGCCGCCCGGGCGCUGCUGCGGGCGGCGGGGGCCGCGCUCGGGGCUCCGGCCCGCGGCUACGCCAAGAAACCCGCCGCCAAGGCCAAGGGCAAGGGCGCGCCCAAGGAGGCGCUGAAGGGGCCUGAGGUGUGCACGGACCCCACCAUGCUCGCCACCCACGCCAUGGGGGUCAACUACUUCAAGGAGGGCCCGGAGGUGGCCCUGAAGCCCGACUCCGAGUACCCCGACUGGCUCUUUAAGAUCCACCUCGGGCCCCCCAAGAAGCUGGAGGAGCUGGACCCUGACACGCUCGAGUAUUGGAGGCGGCUGCGGAAAUACAACACGUGGCAGCGCAACAAGUUGAAGAAGGGCAAGAAGUUUUAGGUGCUGCCAAGCUCGGGGCUGCCCCACGCACCAGCACAGGUGGCACUGGGACCCGCUCCUGCUUUUGGUCGCUUGAUAUAAACAAGAAAUAAAUCUGGAGUGAGACUGA